UUCAAGCCGAAACCGUAGGCGUAAUUUCGCGUUGUGAUCGGCUGAAAUACUGGAAGACAAUGGGGAGACAUUUCUCGUGCAUACCGGGCUCUAGAACAUAGUCCCGCUGGCACUAAGGGGAUCAGGUGUCUGACGCACUGGCAAAUAUCUUAACGGAAUAUUGUCUUGGUCCUGUCACUACACAGCCACAUAUAAACACCUUGGACAGAGUGAGUGAUGGACGAUCAGGUAGCUGUCAAUAUCUGGUGUAGCCUGACGUAUGUUGGAGACAUCGACGUUAUCAACCAACAGUUUGCUUGUGAGUUUUGGAUGACGGCCACGUGGAAGGCGGAACCAAAACUUCAAGGAAAGAAAAAUGAGGAGGUGGACUGGGAUCAAGAAUGGGAUCCAAAGAUCACGUUUACCAAUGCCACAGCAAUCGACCGCAUGCAGAAAGGACAGCGGUUAUAUACCUCGGAGGAAGGCGGGAAGGAAAUGACGUAUGCACAAGAAAUGUACAAAGUCCGAGGGACAUUCAAAGGGCAAGUGGACCUUGCUGAUUUCCCGUUAGAUUUCCAGGAACUGCCAAUCAUCUUAUCAUCCGACUGGACAGACAGACACGUCAAGUUUCAAAAAGACAUGCUCAAAGGAGACGUCAUUCGUCACCUGGGCUUCUCCGCCCCUCAGGAGUGGUCGCUUUGUUCUCACGUGCACACUGACGUUACGAGUAUUGUCCUUGAAUGUCCUGGGGCGAGUGAUCGUCAUUAUCCUAUGUAUAUUAUUACAGCUCACGUACAAAGGAAAAUUGGUUACUAUAUUUGGAAUGUUGUUCUAUUUAUGUUCGUCAUUACUGGUCUUUCAUUUGCGUCAUUUGCGGUGUCUCCUGAUCAUCUUGCUGAUCAACUGACUGUUACCUUGACGAUACUGCUGACCGGUGUGGCAUUCAAGUUUGCAGUCUCAAAGAAUCUGCCGUCGGUAUCGUACGCGACAUUACUGGACAAAUACGUUCUAAUUCACUUGCUAUUCGUAUGUUUUAUUGCUCUGCUCAACACCAUGUCAUCAGCGAUCACACCCACGUCACGUGCUUCAUACAACUUUGCAUGUAUGGCGGGAGGGCUUGGGGUAUUCGUGCUCAUCCAAGUUGUCAUGGUCAUCGUCGCCGCCUUUAAGAGAAGAGUCGCUAAGCGAGAGCUGAUGAAGUUUGCCAAUCUCUAUAAGAAAAGAGAUGACGAAAUCGAGCGCAUGCGCCGUGAACGAGACUGGUACGCAGAGAGGAGUAAACAGCCUAAAACCCCAACCAUAACACUGACUCCAGCCUUAAGACAAUUUACUUUUUCUGCCAAUGGAGUGACGAAAUCACCACGGGAAAGAGAAGGGUCAGCGCCUGAUUCUCCUAAGUCGUACGUGUGAAGACAUAAGAAAAUAAAGGUGUUUCAGAUGCUGGUUUAUUCUAGGUCAUAGUAUGACUGGCCCACCAAAAAACUCUUAAGAAUUUGCAUACUAAAAGAAGGCUAGAGCUUAUAACUAGGAUUCUAUAGCACCAGCAGGUAGCAGAAGUAGAUAAACAGAGUAAUAAAAAUAAACGCGUAAAACUAUAAAUGUUUAAGUAAAUGGCUUGAUUCGAUAUACUGUUAUUCAGGUCACUGUAUGCCGGAGAAUGAGAAACAACCAAACUUUAACCAAUAGUUAGAUUAUGAGAUGGCCCUGUAACCUAAAUUUCUUUCAGAAAUCUGUUUUUAAUCGAUUAAACUUUUUAUUGCUAAACUGAAAUAAAAGCAGACCCUUGAACGCC